UCAGCGGCCUCUCGUCGCGCAGACGAGCAGCCCGGCGGGUCGCAAGGUGCACCGUGACGUCACGGCGACACUCUUGCCCUCCGUGGCAGUAAAUCUAUAAAGGUGUGUAGUCUGACUGCACAGGUAGCCCGGACCUUAGACUGGAGUGGAGACGGAGCGCAGAGCGAGCCUGCGAGCAGUCGACGCGGAGGCCGAACAUGCGCCAGGAUCUCUGACUCGCCCGCCGAGGUCAAUACCUGAGAAUCGCGAGGGACGCCACCGGCAUGUACCCCAGCUCACCGGCGGCCAGACACCCGGCUGAGGCUCUGGCGAUGAACAGUCAGUACAUCCCGCCUCCGUACGACUUCACCGGCUACCAUCACGCCCCGGGAGUCGGUGACCCGUCCACGAGUGCCUGGAGCAGUAUUUACGCGCCCCGGGAGGAGUAUCCGUACAGCUACCCGGGGUCGAGCCCCAGCGCCGGCCAGGUGAGCUUCACCUGCCUGGAGCUGGGCGGCACGCCCACCGCCGCCGGGGGGGGGUCGUUCACCCCGUACAACUUCAUCUCUGGACAGGACCCUUUCAACUGCAGGAGGAGACCACAUGAACCCAUCAGACCGUCCGUUUCAGGAGGGAAGACUCGCACCAAGGACAAGUACAGGGUGGUGUACACUGAUCACCAACGUCAGGAGCUGGAAAAAGAGUUUCUGUACAACCGCUACAUCACCAUGAGGAGAAAAACAGAGCUGUCAAUGGCGCUGAGCCUCUCUGAGAGACAGGUGAAGAUCUGGUUCCAGAACAGACGCGCCAAAGAGAGGAAAAUCAACAGGAAGAAGCUGCAGCAUUCCCAGCAGGCCUCCACGACUACACCCACCCCACCUGCACCAGGUGGACCCGCAGACAUCCACAUCACCACCAGCCCCAGCAGCAACAUCUUGUCUGAUGCAAUAUCAGAGGAGUACUAGGUAGAUUUCAUAUGGAUGAAUGAUGGAGUAUCUGAUGUGUACAUAAAGUUUAUUUUUUUGUAAGUUUACCACAGAAUGAAUGACGAUGAUUCACAUCAACCUGAUGUUAUAACGCUGCACCUUCUGCUUUUCACAAUAACAAGCACUACUAAUCUUUUGUACUGAUAAUUUCGCGUCCACAGGACUUAAAAAGUUCUGUUUUCAUAAGAACUGUUGGUUAAGGUGAUGAUGGAACAGCAGUUUAAGAAGUUCCUUUAUUUAAUGUAAAUGGACGUUGAAAUGUUCUUGGUUGACAGAGUAACAGUGUAUAUGUCCAUGUGCUGCAAAGUCACAUAUUUGCACCCUGAAUAAGAGAAGAGGUUUCAUUUGACUGUUUUUCUUCUCUCUUUCUUUCUACUGCUGAAAUGUCAAAAACCAUUGCUUCUGUUUUCUAUUAAAGUAGUAAAAUUAAACUAAUUCAUCUCUUUAUUACCAGUUAAAUGUAUUGGAAAUAGAGAUAGUACAUGUUGUUUGUUUCUACUAAAGAAAGAAAGGUUCUGCCAAAGUUUGACAACUUUAAUGUUCUUUCUGUUGAAAUUUUGAACAGCCUUAAACAAUAGCUGUGAACAGCUCAACCACAUGACUCAUGAUCUAUUUCAAGUCACAAAGAAGUCCAUGUUUCUCUCUCCUUUUCGAUUUGUAUGUAUUAAAGACAUCUGUAUGUACUAAACACGUAAGAAAUGUACGUCACUUUGAAGAGGUGGCAGAAAAUAAUGGCCAAUUGGCAAAAAUGUAAAUUCAGUCCCAACCACAGUCAACCAAGUGUUACAAAAACAGUUUUCAAAAUGGACCACUCUACCACAAACUUUGUGCAACCAGCUUGUGCAAAUGUGUUUAUGCAAUCAGCAAGUGCUGUGAAAAAUGUCCCUCGUCUCCCUUUCAGCUCUUGUUAAUCACACUAGUUUGCUUGUGUCGUUGAAGUUGAGGUUUAUGGUGGUUUUGAUGUUUAUAAAAUGGGUUUUGUCGCACAUUGUAUUGGGUUUAGUGAUUAGGUUGCAUUUUGUGUUCAUUAGCACCAACCAAAGUCUCCUGACACAUUUCCACAGUGAAUUCGUUCUUUGUAACUUCCCCCAAAGGCCCCCAAUGACAAAAUGCACCAAUGGUAUAAGACUACCUGUAUACAAAAUUACUAAUAUUUCAAUUCAAUGAAAAUACAGCCUGUGAUGACCAGAGGUUUGUACCAUACAUGUAUCUUAAUUAUAUGGUAGCAUUUUGUAUUUAUUAAAAUCAUAUCAUUGCACAGUAGACAACUUUAUUUGAAAAUGCUGAAUACAAAACAAGAAGUACUGACAGGUUCUUUACAUGUUCAAUUAUCUGUCACGUCAAAGAUACAUUCAAUCAAAGACUAACAAGACAACACUUGAUGAAAUGGCACCAGUCAAAAGUCUUGGUUUUAUAGUUGUUAACAUGCCAAGGUAAGAUCACAUGAAAGUGUCACGUCAGUGAGAUAAUCAUCUGGUUUUUAAGAGGGAAAAAUAAAUGUUUGAUUGUGGUUCAACCAAACCUAUCAAGAGUUCAGGUUUAAUAGCCUAAUCUCUCUGAAUUUACGGUGUAACACACAUUAAAAGGUUAACAGCUACUCAAAAAUUCCACUAUUUGUUACGCUUCCAACUAUUAUAUAGAACAAAGUGGAACAACCUGACUGAUCACAUGGUAAAAGGUUUAAAAGAACUCCUGUGUUGUCAAUUAUUUGCUCAGUCAGUCAGAAGUUCAGCUGUGUUUCAACAAGAGGGUUUAACUGAAAAGGAGGUGGUUGUUGCAGGACGCUACAACUAUCAUAGACCAUAAACACCAAGUUUAUGGCACUGUGAAUGAGCUGAAUGGUCGUCCAUGGUUGUCAACCUUUAACCCCAAACUAUCAAACCAAGCCGAGCACGUAAUCUCUGUCUACAAUUAAACCCACAUUAAAACAAACUGAAACCACAGUGUGUUUAACUAGAAAAAAAGGAGAGUUAUCGCCAAAAUUAAGACUCAUUACAUAAUUUUAUAUAACUAAAUAUCGAUGUUUUAUCUCAUGCACAUAUUUAACUUAAAACAGAAGUUGUGACACGUUUAAAGAUAUGCUAAAGAAGAAGUGUGCAACAAAGAGGAAGUAAAAUAAAAAUGACUAAAGUUACAGUGAAGUAAAAUGUACCAAACUAUUUUAGUAUAACAUAUAAAAGUAAUUCUAUAAAAUCUGUUUUUUGUUGCCUAAACAGCCCCUGAGGAGUUUUCGUGAGCGAAUGUGAGCUCAGAAACUAACCAUGCCCUGCCAGAGAAUCAAAGGUUUGACCAAACCCUCUCUGACCCAGCAGUCCAAAAGCAAACCAGAGGCUCUUGCCAGAUGAUCUUAUCUGUUUCCACUUUUGAAAAUGUAAAAAUUUGUCUCGUUCACCCUGUGUUGCUCUCUUCAUUUUCCUGUAACUUAAGUGUCAAAAGGUCAACUUAACAACAACCUUAACAACAACAAGUGUGAUUAAUUAAACAUCUCGUGCAUCA